CUGAUUAACCCUCAUCUGAAAAAUACAUUUUUGCUUUCGAUUCAUAGUUUUUAAAUUUGUUUUGUGGAAGGAACUGAAAUUGCAGAAAUGAAAGGUGUACAAGACAGCUCUAUGUGGCUUCAAAAAAUUGACAAAACAAAGAUCAAAUAUUCUUCCGGGCGAGAGAGUAACCUUUGCAUUCACUAUCCGUUCACGUCACACAAUUUCUGUCAGAAACAAAAUUUAAAAGCAAGAUCGAGGUUUUCGGUAAAUGUUGAAGGCUGAGUAAAGCUUUGACAAAAGUUGGAAAAUUUAAUCUAUUUCCAUUCAUAGGAACAUUUAUUGCAUAAAAUUUAAGAUAACUGUUGACAGUUGUUUACACAAUAUAAGACGCUGACCUGUAUCCUCUCAGCAGUAUAAGAAUGAGUCUUAUUAUCUUUGAGGCACCAAAUCACUAACAAGCUUUGCCGAGUGUUCUGCUCCUUUUUUCAAGAGAGCGACAAACAUUUUCUAUCGAAAUUAUCCUUAAUAGAAAACAUUUGUUUUUGCAGCUGUUUUUAAGCUUGUUAACUAAAUUUGUCUAGUGAGUAAUCUGGUGGUUACAGAACACAAAUGUGGUUAAAUUUUCUUCGUAGUAAACAUUCUAGCAAAUAAGUGUCACAGCAUUUGCGCAAGAAACCAAUAGCCAGAGAGAAAUUUCAGAGUAUGCCUUCGAACCGUCAACCAUGAGAACACGGAGAUAUUCAAAUAUUCAUAGAUGAACUUUGUUAUCAAUUACUCUGACAUAAUUAGCCAUUAAUUAUUUGCACAGAAUGGGUGAAGUCUUAGAGGUAAACCGCAAGUUGCUGAAAAGGACAUCGAUUUUCUUAGCAUAGAACUGAUUUGAACCAGUGAAAAACCAAGUUGUUUUGUAACUGAAAGAGUAAGAUAACUUGCUUUUCCCUGUAGAACUCUGACGGAGCGGUUUCAGCGAUCUGAAAAAAACGUUCAGUGCAAUCAAACACAUGUUUAUUACGAAAUGAGCUCAUGAAUUUCAAAUGACUUUUAGCUUGUAAAGGAAUGAGAGCAUUGCAAACGCAUAAUUAGAGCACCAGGGACGAAUUGGACAUGGAAAGACUUCGCAUUAUGGGCCAGAAUUCCAACGAAAAUGAAGCAGAAGUGGCAGCAGUCAUGAACAGAGAUGACAAGUCUUGUCAUAGGAAGAUCGAUUGGAACGCUGUAAACAGAGGGCCAAGGAUUGUUAUAAAUAUUUCUGGGCAGCGAUACGAGACCUAUGAAAAGACGCUUGAAUUAUUUCCUGAGUCACUUCUUGGAGAUAAAGAAAGAAGAAAGGACUUCUAUGAUCCGGUUAACAAUGAAUUUUUUUUCGACCGUAACCGCAUUUGCUUCGAGUCGAUACUAGCUUACUACCAAACAAACGGAAUUCUUAUAAGGCCGCAAAGUAUUCCACGGAAGGUAUUUAUAAGCGAUGUUCGCUUCUUUGAUCUCGGACCAAAGGCUUUGGUUCAAGCUGGUGAAGGAUUGGAACAGCCUGUCGAACAAAAUAAACGACUUUUACCAAAGAACAAAAUACAGAGAAAAGUAUGGGAGUUAUUUGAACAUCCAGACACUUCGAAUUUUGCACGAGGAAUCGCCAUUUGGUCCGUUUGUAUAAUUAUCUUAUCAAUAGCUCUUUUUUGCGUCGAGACUUUGCCGCAGUUUCAGGAGGAGCCAGCUAAAACAGUUAAUGGAACAGUCACUUCGUUUGCAUCGAAAAAGAAAACAGAUAACCCAUUCUUCCUCAUUGAAGCAAUUUGCAUCACCUGGUUUACAUUAGAGUAUGUAAUUCGUUUCAUUUUUAGCCCAAACAAGUGGAAAUUCUUCAUUUCAGUGCUAAAUAUGAUUGACUUGGUUUCCAUUAUACCGUUCUAUAUAACUCUGCCUAUGGAGGAUUCAGGUAAUGUUUCGUCACUCGCAGUUCUUCGCUCCGUCCGUCUCGUGCGAGUCUUUCGUAUUUUCAAACUGUCGCGUUACUCGCGUGGACUUCAAAUUCUGGGUCACACUCUGAGGGCGAGCUUGAGAGAGUUAGGCCUUCUGUUUUUCUUCCUCUGUAUGGGAGUUGUUCUGUUCUCCAGUGCUGUCUAUUAUGCAGAAAUCAGCAAUGAGGAUGGAAAUGAUUUCCUGAGUAUUCCUCAUUCAUUUUGGUGGGCGAUUAUAACCAUGACUACUGUGGGCUAUGGAGACAUAACACCCAAGACUCUUGGUGGAAAGUUAGUUGGCUGUUUCUGUGCCAUCACAGGUGUGUUAGCCAUUGCUUUACCAGUGCCAGUCAUAGUCUCGAACUUCGCUUAUUACUACUCGAAAGAGAAUGAUGGAAGGCAUUCAAACAUGGAUGGUGAGGAUGAAGACGACGAAAUAGAACAGGAAAAUGAGCUAGUAAAGAAAGAAAAACAUGUAAAGAAAAAAAUCUCAUUAAAUUGUACUGCAAAGAUAUGUCGAACAAAUAGAGGCAAUGAUACAGUACAAAUAAAAAGAAAACGAAAAUUUGCAACGGUGAAUUAUCCUGACACGCUGUAUAAUGCUUUAGAUUCCAACGCAAACAAGGAUCACCAAAAUGGAUUGGCAAACGCCAACCCAGUUAAGGACGAAAACGAUCAAAAGAGCUACGAAAAGGAGACUUCUUUGUCGCAAGUAGAGACAAUCGUCUAAACACAUUCUGGAAUACAGGAAAUGUCACGUGCGACUAGGGAGACAUCACGUUCAGUCAUUGGCCCACUCUCAGCUGGCGGGAUACCACAAUGAGGUUAAUAUGAUGACUUACUCUGUUUUCCAAAGUAAGGGCAUCUAUCUAUGGAAGGUUUUCUAUGAUUGGCAGCCCAUUGUGGAACAUUCGGUAUGACCACGAAAAGGGCUUCUCAAAUGUUACCACUGAAAUCUUAGCAGGUAGGAGGCCUUUAAGGCCUCAUGAACGUCGGUUUUAAACGGCCUUUGUUGAAACUCAUGUAUCCCUUCCACGGCUGCGGAUCAGUGUGUUAUUCAGGUGAUAAAAUGAAAAAUUUCAGCUCUGGUAAAACCAGCUGUGAUCACUGUCCGUUUAAAGACUUUAAUUCUUCGUUGUCCUCCAGAAGAGGUUAUAAAAGAGAAAGACGUUCUUUCCUCUAAUAAACACGGUUUACAGUGACCGAGACUGUGCGCAAAAUACAAAAGAUUUGUUGAAAUUCUUGUUGAAAUUUCUGUAGAUAGAAGUUAGGCUUCGAGAGAACUGAUGGUAGAAAGGGACGAGAGAUUUCCCUGCCUGGCCAGUGGUUUUGAACUUGGAACUGAAAUUCACGGCAAAUCAUGCCGCGUUAGUCUUUGGACUUAAAUAAAUACCAAAAAUAUA